ACAAAUUUUUUUUAAAUUUUGGAGAACAAAUUAUAUAUCGGAGUCUGGUGGACAGACAUACAAUCGAUCCCAUAUAUUUACAAUUUUUUAUUUUUAUUCUAAUUUUAACCUUUUUUCCCAUUUAGCACAAUAUUUAUUGCUCUAAGGAGCUUAAAAAUUUUUUCUGUGACCCAAAAUUAAUUUCUUGCAUUUUUCGCAGAAAUAUUUUGCUGGUAUACUUUUUUGAUUUUGUGACACAUUACACGACUUUUUGGGAAAAAUUUCUUCCUUGGAUUUUUUUUUUUCAAUUUCUUGAUUUUUGCAAUUUCUUGAAUUUUUCUGCAAUUCCUUGAAAUUUAUGCUGAAAAUAUUUGGAUUUUGACCCAAAUUAUUUUCUUUUGAAAUAUUUUGCUGGGACAUAAAAUUUUCCGCUGAAAUAUCUGGACCUUGACCCAAAUCAAAUUUUUUGGAAAUUUUUGCUCAAAUUUUUGGAUUUUUGACCCAAAUUAUUUGUUUGAAAUAUUUCUGCUGAAAUAUUUGGAUUUAUACAUACAUAAUUUUCUCUAAUUCUCGUUGCGAAUUUUAUCGAAAAAAUUUGGCGAAUUUAGAAAAUUUGUUGAAUCAGACAAAUUUUCACAAGCAAUAAUCAAAGUUAUUGGUUAUAAAAUAAAAUCCUCCUUUCAUAGGAUAUUAAGUGAUUUUAACCAAAAAUUUUUAAAAUUUUUUUCGACAACCCAACACACAUUUUUACUUCGUUGAAAUUUUUUUGGAUUCUCUGAAUUUUUUUUGGAAUUUUCAACUCCUCGUUGACAAUCAAAUUAGACUCUCGUUUUUUUUUGGAAAAAAUUGUUACUGAGCAAAACAUCUCUGGUAAUUUCUGCUUUGCAAUUCUCGUUUAAACACUUUUGUUUUAAAAACUUUUGAUUAUUUGUCGAAUUGCAAAAAUAAAAUACUCCUGUAAGUGGACUUUAAGAGAUUUUAUUUUCCUUUUUGCUCAUUUUGGCGAAAAUUUGACCCUUCUGGCAACCCAGCAAACAUUUGUAAUCAAGUCAGUCCGGCGUCAAAUAUAAAGAAAAUUUUUGAAUUUUUGGAAAAAAAUUUAAAUUAUUGAAAGGAACGAAAUAUAAGUUGAUUCAAACCAAUAAAAUAAGAUCGUUUUCGUCGACAAAUAUUGGAGAAAGAAACUUAUCCUCAUUUUAAAAAUAAAAAUUUGGAUAAAAGUUUAAAUUCUAAACCCAGUUAGUCCUUUUCAUUGGGCAACUUUUCUUUUUUGUAAACCAACAAAAUUUCGUAAAGGUUAACGCUCAGUUUUCAAAAUGGAUAAAACUUUAAGCGAUAAAUUCAUAAAUUGCGUCAACGAUCUUCUGGAUUAUAUUUCAAUUUUUUCAAUAACCAAACCUGAUGACACGGUUCAUACUUUGGAAACAACACGAAUGGAGUUGGACUCUGCAUGGGACCAGGUCAAGAGAGCCUACAUAGACUGUCGGGAUUAUGUUCCAGAAGAGGAAGGAAAGCCGAUUGAUAAAAAUAAACUGAGGAAGCACUAUAUGGAUACCAUGGGAUCGUACAAAAAAGCGCUGAGUUCAAUAAAUGGACAAAUUCAAAAUCUUUUGGAUGAAAAGACACAGGAAAAAAUGAAAAGAGAGUCAGAGAUGUCACAACAAGGAAGGGAAGUGGAUUUCACAAACGUAUCGCGGCUACCUCCAUGCGAUACAGACACAUUUAAAGGUGGUUACAGAGAAUGGCCGACUUUCAGAGAUCUAUUUUCGGCAAUUUACAUAAACAACUCAAAAUUAAGUAAUGUCGAAAAAUUAUUCCAUUUGACGCAAAAGACAGCAGGAGAAGCAAGGGAAAUUAUUUCACAUGUCCCACUAACUAAUGAUGGAUUUACAUUAGCAUGGAAAAAUCUCACAGAUCGUUACGAGAAUAAACGAAUGCAAAUUAAUGAAGAAAUCAAGACACUUUUUAAUCUACCUGGAGUUUCUACUGAAUCAAGUCACUCUAUUCAAAAACUACAACGCACGGUAAAUAGCAGCAUUCAGACACUGGGGAUACUUGAUGUCGACGUUAAAGGAUGGGAUCCGAUUUUAAUAUACAUUUGUUCAACAAAAUUACCUAGAGGCUUUUUAGAAGAAUUCGAGAACUCAUUAAGCGAUUGUAAACAAAUUCCAAAAUGGGAACAGUUUGACGCUUUCUUAACAAACAAAUUCAAAACUUUGGAAUCAGUUGGAAAUAUAAAGCCCUCUACAUCGAAAUUUGCUCAACAAAAACCAACUAACAAUCACACGCCUAGAUUUUUGAAAACAUUUCAAACAAUUGUCUCAAAAAAUACAAACAACUUUGGAGGAAGACCUACUAAUGUAAUAUUACCUCAACAAAAUAAGCCGAAAAAUACUCAAACUUGUCAAGUCUGCAAAUCAAAUCAUUUCAUAAGAGAUUGCAGCGAAUUUUUGAAAAAGAGUGUGAAUGACAGAAUUCACAUCGUGAAAACAUCACACUUAUGCUACAAUUGCUUGUCAUCAAAUCACGGAGUAAAGGAUUGCAAAAGUCGCUUUGGCUGCCGUAUUUGUACUAUGAAACACAACACUUUGUUACACAAGGGAACGGAAACCCAAACAACUAACUCAUACCUAGCUCGAGUGGAAGCACGACCUAGUACUAGUGCUGCCGCUCUUACAAAUCAAAUACAGUCCACUACAAACCUAGAACCAACUACUAUUACUACUUUGACCCUCCAAGAUAAGCAAAUUUGUGAGCGACAAUCUGGAGGAACACUACUCUUCACAGCAAUAGUACAAAUUGAAACCAAAGGACAACUUUACGAUGCCCGAGCUCUAAUAGACUCAGGAUCACAAUCCACCUUUAUUUCGGAAAAGAUGAAAAACUUUUUGAAGUUGCCUACACGGAAUAACUUAGUUCAUGUCACUGGCUUAAGUCAAUUUGUUUCUGAGACUUCAACAAAAUCUUGCUUGUUCACUAUGAGAUCCAAAUACGACCCUAGCUUUAAACUGGAAGUCUGGGCUCCAGUUUUAAAGAACUUACCUUCAAAUCUACCACCACAAAACUUAGAUGAAUCACAACUUCGAGAUGUAACAGCAUUAGAACUGGCUGACCCGAAAUUUUACGUUAGUCAACCAAUCGAUUUACUUAUUGGAAUGGACAUAGGACCAUUAAUAUUCACAAUUGGAACUCCAAUGAAAACAUUUGGAUCAAUUUUAACACAAAAAACCAACUUUGGAUGGAUAGUUGGAGGACCCAUACCAGGAAGCAUCCUUCAACGAAAACAAAUAUCACUUCUAAAUACAACUUCAAUAGAGAAAGUACUUACACGUUUUUGGGAGGUGGAAGAGACCCCUAAAAAAGUUUUACGGUCAGAAGAAGACCAAUUUUGUGAACAAAACUUCAUUGAAACAACAAUACGGAACAAGGAUGGAAGAUAUGUGGUGACUCUCCCAUUCAAAAAAUGCGAGGAAUUGGGGAAUUCCAGAAACAUCGCCCUAGCUCAAUUCUACAGAAUGGAGAAAAAACUUAUGAAAACACCAGAGAUCAAAGAACAAUAUGAUGCCUCAAUACUAGAAUACUUAGAACUUGGUCAUAUGAGGAAAAUCAAUCCGAAUGAAAUAGAUAAAAUGCCAAAUUAUUAUCUACCACAUCAUGCAGUAAUUAAGCCAGAUCGAAUCACGACAAAGUUAAGAGUCGUCUUCAAUGCUUCUUGCCCAUCAUCAAACAAAACAAGUCUCAAUGACAUAUUGUUUCCGGGACCCAUUUUACAACAAGAUUUGGUACUACAAAUUUUAAAAUGGAGAUUUUUCAAGUAUGCCUUCAAUGCAGAUAUAACAAAGAUGUAUCGCCAAAUACUUUUGGAUCCAAAUCAAACAAAAUAUCAAAGAAUUCUCUUUAGAAAGUCUCCGGAAAACCCAGUAGAGGAUUAUGAGCUGCUGACAGUUACAUUUGGAGUUAACUGCGCACCAUAUUUAGCAUUGAGAACUCUUCUUAAACUAGCAGAAGAUGUCAAAGAAUCAUACCCUAGAGCCGCAAAUAUAAUUUUGAAUAAUUUGUAUGUUGAUGAUGUAUUAGCUGGCGGCCACACUGAAGAUGAAUCAAUAAAAGCUCGAAAGGAAUUAACUGCUGCUUUAGACUCUGCUGGUUUUACACUAAUGAAAUGGGCAUCAAAUGAUCGCAAAAUAAUACAAGAUAUUCCACAUGAACAUUUGCUACCACUCAAUUGGCUAGACAUUUCCGAAGAUGCUUCAACUAAGACCCUUGGAAUUCGAUGGAAUAUCUCAGGCGAUUAUUUUUCGUUUACACCGCCCUCAAUGGAAAAUAAAAAUGUAUCUUCAAAACGAGAAGUUUUAUCAACGAUAGCCAAAUUGUUUGACCCAUGUGGAUGGCUGGCACCGGUGGUCGUCGUAGCUAAGUUAAUAAUGCAACAAAUCUGGCUAGACAAAAUUGACUGGGAUGAUCAAUUGAAGCCAAUAACUCAGAUGAACUGGAACAAUUUCGUCAAAAAUAGCAAAGAUAUUGAAUAUCUGAGAGUUCCUCGAUGGAUUCAAUACACGCUAGAUGGUUCUGUAGAGAUUCAUGGAUUUUGUGACGCGUCAGAAAGCGCAUAUGGAGCCACUCUUUAUAUUCGGGUGGAAAAUACUGACCAUAAGACGCAUACAUACUUAUUAGCAGCAAAGACUCGUGUCGCUCCUAUUAAAAAAUUAUCAAUACCCAGACUCGAGUUAUGCGGGGCAGUAUUACUAUCAAAAUUAGCUAAAUCCAUUGUGAAUAGCCUACAAAUAUCAAAAUAUUCGACACAAUUUUGGACCGAUUCUACCAUCGUCUUAGCAUGGUUAAAAAAGCCUCCUUGUCAUUGGAGCACAUUUGUUGGAAAUAGAGUCUCGGAAAUUGCUGAUAAUGUUGGACAAGAAAAUUGGAGACAUGUUGAUUCGGAAAAUAACCCAGCUGAUAUUGCGAGCCGUGGAUGUUCGCCUGCAGAGCUAAAGACUAGUGAUCUCUGGUGGCAGGGACCUCAAUGGCUCAGAAUGCCAAAAGACCGUUGGCCAUCGUAUGAAAUCCCAAAUGACACAAAUUUGGAAGCCAAAACGGCAAAAGUCAUGACGCUUUUCGCGGAAAAGGAAGACCCUUUAAAAAAUUUCUCCUCUUUAUCUAAAAUUUAUCGCUCAUACGCAUAUGCCCUAAGACUCUGGAAAAAUACUGGAGUAAAUAGACAACACCUUCGCACUUCAGCAAACGACCUUACAUCAGAGGAAAUCCAAGAUGGAAAACGAUCUUGUAUAAUUCGUACACAAAAAUUCGUAUAUGCAGACGAAUACAACGCACUUAUGAAAAAGACUCAAAUUUCUCCUUCAAGUCCUCUGUUGACACUCAACCCAUUUCUAGACUCAAAGGGUAUUAUUAGAGCAAAUGGCCGAUUGGUACAAUCGCCAGCCCUUACCUACAGCGAACGUCACCCAAUAAUAUUACCACAUGGCGCAAAACUUAGCAAAUUGUUAGUCGAAUUCACUCAUAAGGUUACUUUACACGGGGGUAAUCAAUUAAUGACCCGAGUAUUAAGGUCCGAAUUCUGGAUAUUCGGACUCAAGUCGCUUAUCAAACAAACCAUACGAAAAUGUCGAAUCUGCUUAAUUCACAAAAAACAAACCCAAACUCAAAUAAUGGCUUCGCUACCACCUGAACGCACUUUUCUUUCUCGACCCUUUACAAACACAGGGGUAGAUUUUGCAGGACCCUUUAACAUUAAAAGUUAUUCAGGAAGAGCCUGCUUUAUUACAAAGGGCUACGUGUGCCUGUUUGUUUGUUUCGCCACUAAGACUAUACAUUUAGAACCAACAAGCGAUUUGUCGACAUAUGCCUUUCUUGCCGCUUUUUCUAGGUUUAUUAGUCGGCGAGGUUGUCCGUCUUGUAUAUUUUCGGACAACGGAACAAACUUUGUGGGAGCGGUUGAUCUAUUAAAGCGAGAUAGACUAGCUUUCAUGAAGAAUAUUCAAAAUAGCACAAUUCAAAAUAAUUUCACUCAAAAUCUUACUUGGAAAUUUAUUCCUCCUGGUGCUCCGCACAUGGGCGGCUUGUGGGAAGCUGGCGUCAAAUCAUUUAAAACUCAUUUACGAAAAAGUAUCCCAAAAAUGAAUUUCACUUUUGAAGAAUUUACAACUAUUUUAUCAAGAAUUGAAGGCUGCCUUAACUCACGACCCUUAAGUCCUGCUAGCGACGACCCAAACGACCUUUCCCCUUUGACACCUGGUCAUUUCUUAAUAGGAACACCUAUUCUUACCCCAGCUGAACCAGACAUUUCAGAUACAGAUUUAAGCUUAGUCAAUCGUUGGAAAAGACUCAAAGUUAUUUCACAAUACUUUUGCAACAGAUGGAAAUUAGAAUAUCUUCACGAACUUCACAGAAGAACUAAGUGGAAAUAUGAAAAGGAGAACAUCAAAGAAGGAGAUUUAGUUGUCGUAAAAGAUGAUAGAUUGGCUCCGCAUGAAUGGAAGUUAGGUCGUAUCGAAAAAACGUAUCCAGGUAGUGACCAAAAUACCAGGGUUGUAGACAUACGGACGGCAAGUGGCAACAUUAGCAGACCCAUUACAAAAAUUGUCAAAUUGUUUUCCGACUGACUAGUCGGAUUCCCACUCAAAAAAGAAUUUAGUACUCGCCUCAAUUUCUUUUCAGAUAUGGCCGCUUACUUGCCUUACCAGGACUGCCGUCUGGACGAUCGCAACCGUAGCCCAGACUCACCUGCCCGUCCCACAGCAAGAAGCGCCAAUCGACCCAUCCAUCGUCCCAGUUCCACAUCCCCUGAAAGGCGACAGAGAAGUCGAUCCGACGUAAGACCCCGCCAACGCCAAGAAAGACCAAGCUACUGGCAAUAUUCAUGUGGGCUCUGCCAAGAUGACCAUGCCCUCAGUGCCUGUGAGAGGUUCCGCAGACAGACGCCCUUCCAGCGGUAUGAGACCGUGGAGCGUCGGGGGUAUUGCCGAAAUUGCCUGGCGAGAAGUCAUUUGGCCCCCGACUGCCCGUCUUUAACUGGUUGCCGGAGAUGCAACGACCGGCACCAUACCCUAUUGCACGGGGCGUCUCAGUUGGACGAGGUAUCCCUCAACAUCGAGGCCAUUACAACCCCAGCCUUCGCAUGGGAUUUGGUGUUUGUACCAACAGCGAUGGUACGCAUAACGGCCGAGGGCAUGGAGGGGUUCAGUAUGCUGCGAGCCAUUAUUAGCCAAUCUGCGACGAUGUCUAAGAUUUCGUACGCCGCGUUCCGUCGCCUGGGUCUGCAGUCGCGGAACUACAGAGGGGAGCGAUUCACCACCUUCACCGUUUCGCCCCGCCGCACAAACUCUACUUGGAGUCUGAAGGUAAAUGCGCUAAUAAUCGAAGACCUGCCCAGACGCAUUUACUCAGACCCGAUACUUGAAGACCCCACUAGAUGCUUUACAAAUUACGCCCUUGCUGACCCUGAUCCCCGAGGAAAUAGUCCAAUCGAUGUGGAACUGGGAGCGGACACGUACUCCGCCAUAAGGAAAGAUGGGUGUACAGCAGCUGGAAUUGGAGAUGUCCUGGCGUACAACACUCAACUGGGCUACGUGUUUGCUGGGCCAAUCAAGAACAUGCCGAGGAACUGAAGACCGAGGAUCCUUAUGAACACAGUGAACAACAACAAAAUUAUUAAAUAUACAAAAAAAGGAAUAUUUUACAUACAGUGGACAUUAUUUGUUAACAAAAAUUUAAACAAAUUUACACAACACAAAAAUAUUAAAAUUGUAAAACAACCAUAUAAGAAAAUUGUGCUAAAACCUAAAAUUUAUAAAAUAAACGAAGUGCAAAAUUUUGAAUAUAAAACUUUAAAUUAUAUUAAACUAAAACUUGAAUUCUACUUACUUACAAACUAAUGAAUAAAACCCUAAAUGUAAAAUUGCACUACCCC